AUGCCCUUUCUCUCCAAGAGAAGACUCAGAAUAGUGUUGCUAGUGGUCGGGAUAGUGAUACUCACAUCGAUUACAGCACGAAUAGUAGUUCAAUUCCAACUGGGAAAAGAGAUCGAUCACUAUAGGACGUUUUUCAAGAAGAACAAGGACACGCUUCACGAUGUUUACGAUCCGUUGAGCAUCAAGCAAAUCCCAUACGAGACUCUCAGCGCAUUGCAAGAAGCACGGUUGGCAGAAGAAACCGGUAACCCACAGAAAGCAGUUAAAUGGGAAAGCUAUGCAUAUGUCAACUACGCUACGGAGCUAGAAUACUUGUGUAACACACUGGUGCUGUUUAAACGAUUGAGAAGUUUGAAUACCAAAGCGAAACUGGUCGCAUUAGUGUCUAGAGACCUGGUAGAAUCAGAAAAUAGUGAGAAACAGCGAAGUUCAAAAUUGCUGCUGGAAAAAUUAGUUCAGGUCUCACCCGAGCAAGUUGUCGUGAAAAUCGUAGACAGCAUUGUCAAGCCCGGAGAUCUGACACAAUGGAGCAAAAGUUUGACAAAGCUGCUGGUCUUUGAUCAGACCGAAUAUGAGCGUGUUGUGUAUCUGGACAGUGACGCCGAAGUCUCCAACAGUAUGGAUGAGUUGUUCUUUCUACCACCGUAUGUGACUUUUGCCGCACCGUUGACCUACUGGUCCUUGUCAAAAGAGGACCUUCAAGCAGCCAACGAGGAAAUACAUGCGUUUGAGCAAAAGAACGCUAAGCUGGAAAACGUUCUCAGUGUCCUUAACUCGAGAGUGAAAAAGAAACAACCAAUCUACAACCAUCUGCCUAGUGUCCCAAAUUCGCUUUGCUUUCACACUGCUAAUAUCGCUAAGGAAAUUCUGGACACUAGGUCCUCCGCAUCACCUGUCUUCAAUUUUGGGCCUCGGGAGGGUAUAGCCAAGAUAGCUUUUAGUCCUAAUCUGAUGGUGAUAAAACCAAGCGCUGAGAGAUUCCAGUAUAUUAAAGAGUAUCUUCUUCCCAAGAUAAUCAAACAAAAGGGACGGUAUGACACUGAUUUAAUCAAUGCGGAGCUGUACAACUUAAAGCAGGUGAUUCACUCACAGUUCAUGCUAUUUCGGAAGUUAAAAACCGCAUUUGUUCCAGAGGUAAUGGUACUGCCAUUUGGUGAAUAUGGUCUUCUCACGGGCUCGAUCCGCAACGACUUUCAUCGGGAGCUUCUCAGCCAGGAAAUUUUAGGGUAUAAGGCCCUGCGCACGCCUGAGCAGCAAACAUUGAAAUUUCUGAUAGGUAAAUCAAAGUUCAUCCAUUAUACUGACUCGGCGAUCAGUAAACCGUGGUACUAUAGCAAUUUCGAACAAUUGCAGUGUCAAGCUAAAGGAGACGAUGCGGAUGACGUGGAAAAAUGUAGAAUCUGGAACUCCGUGUACCAGAACUUCUGGGAAUCUAAAAAAGUGUGCGAACAGUAG